AGAUUUUCUGAGCAGUACUGUUUAUUAUGCCUUGCAAGGUGUUUUUUUUUUUUAAAUUGAUGUCAUUUGCUAAUUCUGUUACUGGUGUUCUAUUUUUUGACCAGGAAUUCCUACAAAUUGAAGCUGAGCAACGGCGAAAGAAGGAAGAGGAAGAAAGACAGGUAGAGGAACGGAGAAGUGCUGCCAAGAAACUCCAAUCACAACAUGAAGAAUUACAAAGAGAAAGACAAGCAGAGGUCAGAAGAAAAAUGGAAACUAAGAAUGGAACUUCUGAUCCGAGAAGACUGGCUUCCUCUUCAUUUGGCGGUAGAGACGGUGCAAAAACCGCUCUUCCAAAGCGUCCACCGACUUAUAAAGUAUUAACCCGUUCAGGCUCAGCAAAAGAACCAAGUUCCCCUGAGAUGGAAUCUCCUGAUGUAGCGUGGAGUAGACAGGAGGAAGAACUCAGAGCACGAAAAAGAGAAGCACUUAUGCAACAAAGCAGAAGAGAAGCUCAACUUUCCAGAUUAAGAUUUGAAGAAGAACGACUCAAGGUCAGUAAGAGAUUCCUUGAAUAAUUUUACUGUU